CUGGUCCUGGAUUCAGUGCUUCCUACUGGGCUCACGGUAUGUGUCAAAUAAAUCAGAAUUGACUUUCUCUUCUUCGUGUUGUAACUAGAUUUAAAUAAAAGAAAAGAAGAAAAAAGGGAGACAAAAAGAGGAACAAAACUCUGAUUAUUUAUAUAACUUAAGGGGGAGGUACACCGUAAAAAAGGGAAAAAAGCCUUUUUUUCUAUUUAACAGUAACCAUUGAUACCAAAUUAAAGUGUAUUCAAUUCUGCACAAUUAUGUGUAAUUAUUUUUAAUUUAGGUUAAAUAGUUCUUGAGGUAUGAUUUUUUUAGGAGGGGGUGUGUCAGAAUUUACCCCCCCCCCCCCCCAAAAAAAAAAAAAAAAAAACUUAAAUAAAAUGUGGCUGUAAAGCAACUGCUUUUUUUUUUAUUUUGGUUUGGCGGUGGCGCUCAUUCAAAACACCAUAUACUUUUGAUAUCUCAAUUAUAUUAAAACAACGAUGACCUCCCCAAUAAUUGUUUAAUACAAUGAUCAGUCCUUUAAAUAUGGCGGCUUCCCUGAAAAUAAACAAAACAUUUACUUGAAUAUUGAAAUAGUCUUAAUAUUUAAAAAAAAAAAUUAUUUAUACAAUGCCUAGUGAUAAUAAAUAUUCAAAGAAACGAACGUUUCAUGAAAAUAGAUAUACCAAGCCUUAUAUUGGACCCAAUUAGAAUAUUUUAAAUGGAAAUAAAUUAAUCAAAACAAUCUGAUUCCAUUGAUGAUUGAAUCGAUAAAUUAUAAAAUUAUAACUUACCCUUGUCUAAAAUUUAAAUUUAGUGGUCUUGAAACACCAUUUGCCACGCCCACCCAAAACAGGUCAGAAAUUAAAUUGAAAGACAUAUGAGUCAUAUGGAGUAAAUGAUUCUCAUUUAGAUUAAAGUGAAGAUUAAGACAUCUGAAAAUCAUUUCUUUAAUUUAAUGUUUAUAAUAACAGUGAAUCAGCAGAAAUUAUUUUAAUUUGGCCAAUUUUUUUUAGACCAUUAUCAUCCAAUUAUGUUUAGUAAAUGUCCAGAUAUUUAUACCCAAAAUGAGAAGGAAUUCAUGAAUAAAAUUAUAUUGAAAAUGUGCACUAAGAACAAAUAUUAUGGUUUAAGUAGGGACCUCGGUAUGAUCCGGGAAGUGCCGAAAACCGGGUAUCGUGAUUUCGUUGUAAAAAUGGCGACCUCCACUUUUUAAUUUUCCGAGGGUAGUGUUGUUUAGGAUUAUUUUUGCUAAAGUUAGUUUUUUUAAUAAAUUCUACUUCUGCCCUCAACUUAAAGCAGACAUGUUUCUUGUUCAUUUUCCUUUACGAAAAAAUUUGAUGGUUUGACUUUAAAAAUUAAUGGUAAAUAAUAGCUAAUUUGACUCAUUCAUAAUUUUUUUGUGGAAAAUAUAAGUUAAAUAAAAGAAAAUACCCAUGUUAGAUGAAGUCAUAAUUAACAACAUAUCCAAAAUUCGUGAGGUUAAUAAUAAUAAGACUAAUAAUAUUUUAAAACAAAGCAACAAUUUAAUAGCAUUAAUUACUUUUAUCUGAUGCCUUUAUUUUAAGUGGGGAAGUGGUAUAAAUAGCACUAUCCUUAUUGUAUAAUGACAAGUAAUAGUAUAAAUAAUUAAAUAAAUAUAUAUAUAUAUAUAUAUAUAUAUAUAUACUAUAUAAUAUAGGCCUAUAUAUUUAUAUAUAUAUAUCCAUCCAUCCUAUAAGCCUAGUAUAGUAUAGUCUAUAGUAGCCUAUAGGUCUAGUACCAUCCCAACUUAUUAUUGCAAGACCUAUACUAUUAAUAAACAAUUAACUAUUAUAGUUAAUGAUAUUUUAGGCCAUGUAAUCAUAUUUUAUUAUUUAAUGGAAAUUAUGAUACUUAAAUUUUAAAAUAAAAAUUGUUUUUAAAAAAUAUUCACUUACCUUUGAUAUUGAAAUAUCCUGAAUUCACUCACAAAUCACAAUAUUCCACAAGAAACUUAUAUAAUCCUCAGUAUUCUUAAAGAAAUAACACACUGAUACAGUAAUCCAAGAAUUUCUUAAGCUUUUACUCUAAAGAACAAUCAUAAAAGCUUGUACUUACCUCAAGCAAAUGACUUAGAACUUAUUUUAAUUUAUAUCAACAGCCAAAUUGAUACAUGUUGAUUUGGGAAACAAGAUUACUAAUGUUUUGGUCAUAUUCAAAUGGGACUAAAAUACAUACAUAGAAAAUGGUAAAAUAAAAAGUAUAAUCGUCAAUUUUAUAUAAAUGAAUCAAAUAAUCCCUGUAUUAUUUGUUUAUACUGAUAAAAGUUAAACAAUUCCACAGAAAAUUUGAAAUUAAUAUCUAAAGAAUAUUAUUAUUAUUAUUAAAUUAGGGAAAUUUUAAACAUUUAUAUUUAAAAAAUAUUAAUUAAUUAAUACAAGUAAGUGACGAGUCAGCAUAUUUUAUUCAUUUUAAUAAGGAAUAUCAUCAAGAUUAAAAAUAUUUUUUUGCGGAAUAUUAACAAAAACUAAAAUUGUAUUUUGUGGCUUUAUUUAGAAGAACUCAUAUUUAAGUGUGUUCCCUGAAAAUAUCUUAUUUUCGUCUCAUUUUAUAACAAAGUUAUAGGCAUACAAACAAUAGCAAUAUGAGGGUGACGAAAUGUGGAGGAAAAUCCCAUAGUGAAAAAGGGGUUUUGAGGUCCUUACUAAAAAAGUCAUCACUUUUGAACCACUUAAGCUAGAAAGUUGAUCUUGGUGUUUUUGUAAACCAUUAUAUGGGCUCUAUACAGCUGUUAGUAUUUUAUAUUUUUUAAAAUGUUUUGAAAUUUUAAUCAAAGUGCUUAAGUUUAAGAGCUGUCCACAUUGGUGUUGACUUAGCAACCCUUCUUUUCAAUAAUGGAUCCAAAGGAUGGGAGGCUCCUCUAAGAUUUUGCAGCUUUCCUUUGGACAGUUUCCGUUCAUUUAUUUCAUUAUGAUGGAUUCUAAGCUGAUAUCGAAGGCACAAAAACAAAUAAAUAAGUCCUUAGAAGCUAGAAGAACCAGAAUAAGGCUUAAAUUGGGGUUGGAAGAGUCAAAGUUCAAGUUAAAUGACAUCCUUAUCUUUCAGGGGGUCAUUAAUGUUAUAAAAUGUAUUUAUUUAAUGAACAAAACUAUUGCGCGUUCAUUCACAAAAUUUCGACGUUUAAUUCACAUAAAAAAUUAUAACUUUUUGAAAUAUCAACCAAUUUGUUUGAAAUUUUUCAAGAUGCUAUAAUAUAUACUUAUCUAUGUCAGCAACUAAGGAUAUUUUGAUAUAUUAAUAAGUACAAAUUUUACAAAAAAUCAAAGUUUGAUUACAAAAUGUCAAAAUUAAGAUACUUUGGGAUGCUGUGAUACAAAAAGUAUUUAAUAAAUUACAUUUUUCCUAGUUGUCGCCACAGCUAAUCCAUAUUUCUAUAUGGGUAAAAAAAUUAUAAUAAAUUUGAGCUUAAAACAUUCUAACUAUUUUUUUUUUGUUUGACAUGCCAAUUCCCAGCAUCCCAUUUUUCAUUUUUUUUAAAAAUGUAAGCAAACUAUUAUCUUGCACUUUUAAAAUUUUAUUUUAUGUGUUAUUAUGGUAGAAUGACCAUUCCUCUAGCUUCAGUGAAAAUUUGACACUUAUAACUUGAAUAGUUUUUUUUGUGUGAAUUUUUUAGUAGUCAACCUAUGUUCAGGGUGUACCUCCCCCCUUAAUUCUGAUAAAAAAAAAAAUAAUUAAAAUAAUUUUUUUUAGUUGGUUAUUAAUUUGUCUGAAGCUCUUCCAUAGGUCUGCUUUGAUAUAUUAUCAGAGAUCAUUAUUUUUUUUAACGCUUUGUACAGAUAUUAGACUUCUGUUAAUUUGAUAAUCCUAUGGUUGAUUUUAAAGUUUAAUUUUUUAAAAGUUAAAAGUCAGCUGUUCAUAAAACUACGUAUGCUUUUGGUUAGUAUUGUAUUUGAAAAGUGUUAAUAUUACUAUUUUUUGCCAGAAUGUGCUCCAUUUACCUACGGCAUUGAUUACUGUGACAAGCCAUGUACCUGCCAAGCAGAGAACACAUUGUAUUGUAACAGUAGUACAAGCCAGUGUGUUUGUAAAGAUGGCUGGAAAUCUACAAAUUGUGAUGUCGACGUCAAUGAAUGCGAUAACCCUAACAUCUGUCCGGAUUUGUACUCUCACUGUGUUAAUACUAAAGGAAGUUUCUCCUGUGACUGUAGAACGGGACUUCAGCUGAAUGCCACGGGCAGUUGCCUUUGUAAGUAUACAAUACUCUUUAAAAAAUAUAUCCUAGCCAGGCUCUGCCUUCAUUCUGUGCUCAGACUUGGUCUGUACUUUCGAUACUGCUGAGCGAUGUGCAGUGAAGCAUUUGAAACAGUUUAGCCUGCCUAAAUAUUUUGGUUUUACACCUGAAAAAAAAAACUAAUAAAAUUAUAUGAAUUGGAUAUGCAACCAGAUAUUAAUGUUUCAAAAGAACUUUCUUAACUAAAGCAUAAUGCAGGGUUUGUCCAACUCAGGCCUGUGGGUCACAUCUAGCACGUUAGUCAUUAUUGAUUUUAUCUGACAGAAUAAGUAGCGGCUGUGUGUACUUAAAUCUAGUAGACAUAGUAGGGCUCAGUUGUAUGAAAGGCUUUGCCACAAUUUCCUUUCUUUUUUUCAAAGCUAGAGUUGGGAUUAACAUUUUCUUAAGGAAAAGUAGCGUUCUUAAUGGUCACUUCACAAAUGGUGAAUGACUUUGGAAAUUAGGCUCUCUGCAGAUUCGACAAAUCAUGUGAACGGUAGCGUUCUUAAUGGUCACUUCACAAAUGGUGAAUGACUUUGGAAAUUAGGCUCUCUGCAGAUUCGACAAAUCAUGUGAAGGAAUUAAAUGUCAGAGUGCAAAGCUAAUUUAAGCUCGUUUCCAGCGUGAACACCCACAAGAUGGCAUGAAAUUAAAAAAAAAAAACUGCCUUUAAUGCAUUUUGAAGUCACAGCUGAUUCAGAACUGCGUCACUAAAUUUUCAUGCUAUGAAAAUUUGGCGCAAGAUGCAACAGCGGUAUGCUAAAAAAAAGGUCUCAGUAUUCGAAAGCUGUUUUUCUUACUUAAGAUGGUAGUUUCAAGAUCUUUUCUUCCUAUGUGGACGCCAGUGCAACAUAAAGAUGAAUCUUUCAAAACCCAGUUGAUUGUGUUAUUGGUGAAAUGAACUUCAGACAAUUAACAUUUAAUAAUUUUCUUUUAAAUUGACUAAAUUUUAAAAAAUCAUACAAUAUGAAAUUAUAGAAAUUUCAGAAGCAUAAAAUGUGGGGAAAUGUAUAAUAAAUAUUUAAAUGUUCAGAUAUGAACAUAACACAAUAAAAAGUGCCAAAUAAAAUGAAACUAUUUCAUUUUUCUGAAAUAGGAAGCACGCUUUUGCUUCAAAAUCAAUGUAUAAUCUAUUAAAUUAAUACAGCAAUGUAAAGCUAAAAGCUCUUAUACUUUUUCUUACAGCAACUUGCACUACACAACAAAACAAGUGCUCCCACGCCUGUGGUGUAAUAUCGACAAAUCCAUAUAUCGAGCAAUGUUAC